GCGACAGGCGGAUCGCGGAGCCCAUCGCUGCCCCGAGCCCCGCCGGGAGGAAGCAGGUCGGCGCUGGUCCGGCACCAGGGAAAACAGACCGGUUUCCACCAAUGAUGCCUCACCAGGUAGCCCCAGAUGGCAGGUCUGGAGGCCAUUUUCCAAGGUCUCAUCUUGCAGAAGCAGUUGCCAAGGCCAAGGCAAGUGGGGGUGGAGGAGGAGGCGGCGGCGGCAGCAGCAGCGGAAGAGGCCUGGUGGGACAGAUCAUACCUAUUUAUGGAUUUGGAAUCUUUCUAUACAUCUUGUAUAUUCUGUUUAAGCUCUCUUCCAAGGGAAAAACCACUACAGGGGAGCGGAAAUGUCCUUCUACUAUACCUGGAAACAUGAAUAGGAAAAUCACUGAUUAUGAACUCACCCAACUACAAGAAAAAUUGAGAGAAACUGAGGAAGCCAUGGAAAAAUUAAUCAACAGAGUAGGAUCUAAUUGUGACAGUGGGGCCCAAAAUGUUGUGACAGACCAGGAAAAAAGAUUACUUCAGCAACUACGAGAGAUCACUAGAGUCAUGAAAGAAGGCAAACUCAUUGAUGGCAUCUCCCCAGAGAAAGAAGCUGAAGAAGCUCCUUAUAUGGAAGACUGGGAAGGGAGGGACAGCCAUGAGACAGGACAGAAAGAGGAUGAGCAGCCCAGCUUCAGCGACACGGGUGGUGUCCUUCAUCCUAGCCAUAACUUUGAGACGUGCUAUUGUUGUCACUGUGAGGAGGAUGAUCCUGCUGUCGUAGCAGAGAAUGCCGGGUUCCACUCUGACACCUGCAGCGAGGCAGAAGAGCCAACCAAAGAGAACCUGGCUGUAGAAUCUGACAGUGAAAAUGCAGCAGUAAAAAUCCAAGCUGGCAGGGAGUCAAGUGAAGCUGGUGCACUGAGGAAGCGAAACACAAAAGUACAUGAAUGAUGGAAACCGUGUGUGGUCAUUAUAGUAAUGGUGACAUCCCACAACAUCCCACACAUUGUCAAAUGUAUGCUCUUUGUUCGUGACCCAGACUUCCUUCCCUUUCCACUUUCAGCACUUCAGAUUAAUUUCAGUUAGGUAACGACUGUACCAGCACCUACCUGACUUGGAAGGUAAUGACUUCUUUCAUUCAGUGUCUUCCUUCCUUGUUAUUCCCCUGCCAGCAGCCGGUGCUCCUUGCUUGCAAGAGACUGCAACAUGUUUGAGCAGAGUUUCUCUCUUCAGAUAUUCACACAUUCUCUCUACUUUCUGAUUGCUGCCUCUUAAUAACACCCUCUCCUCUGAAAUACUAGCUUUGCCACAGGAUCCUGAUGGUCAGCACUGGGAAGGACUUCCUGCCCCGGAGUCCAGCCUCCCUGACUAGUUAUGAAAACAAGGCCAUUUGUAUUAGUGUUUUGAUGGGGAGGAAAGCGUUGAGGUUGUACCUGUGUAGCAGUUGUCAAUUCAUCUAAUCACCUAACUGUCAAGGAAUCCAGCAUGAGCUGCAUUGGUGACAAGAUGCUUUUUUGAUCUAGGAAUAACUGCUUCUGUUUCAUCAGUAAAUAUGACACAGCAGGCAUUUUAUUCUUAGACCACUAGGGCACGUCUUGGUCCUAUUUUACUGAAUGCCUGCAUAUACCUAAGUGCAUCUGAGGUGCUGAUAUCACAUGUCUCUUUCAUUUUAAAACCCUCCUAAUUUUUCAGAAAAAAUGUAUUCUGAUGUUUACAUUGAAUAUAUGAUUACAUUUUUGCUAUUUAUGAAAGCUUUCUACUGUGGAAAAAUAGUUCAUUAUAGAAAAAAAGAGAAUAUAUCUGAGACGCUAUUGAAUGCUUUCCCUUUUCUAUUUAGAAUAUCAUUAUUUUGACACUAAACACAUUUGUAGUCAGUUUUACAUUAAACAGUUUCUCCUUUUGUCCCCUCAGUAGCUGUCAUUUUUGCCCCAGCAAUUCCUAGCAGGCUGUUUUGCAAACAAGAUUAUAGGUGUCAAGGGUUUCAAUCUGGCUUUUAAUAAUGGAAAAUGAGGGUUGAAAGUGGCCCAAAAGGCACCGAAGACCCUUUAAACUUUAAUCUUGUCCUCUGUGAAGCGUCUUCCUCCUCAAACCAGUUGCAGUCAUUUCCUCCAAAUUAUAUGCAGUUCUGCUGUUGCCUCAGAGAAUGAAUUGGAAAUAUUGAACAUUCCCACUUCAGCAAAUGAACCUUCAAGAAAAAUUCUUGGAAGAAGAGCUGGCGGUGGCAGGUAAGCUGGUGAUGAGUGCUUUUCUCCUUCAAGUGUGUACAAUAGUAUUGCUCAGGUGAUAAACAUGUUUCCUUUCAGCCUAGAUGGGGCACUUAAUGCUACUUCAGGGCCUACAUUACUGUUGAAAUUUUAUUAAGAAUCCAUAUUGGGAGCAUUGAAGGGGUACUGUAGACAUAAACGUUAAACUUCACAGCAGCUGAGCUGGGAAGACAAAAGGAAUAUUGUGGGAGGGAAGGGAGGGGAUUGUUAGGCCUUGCUGGUAAAUGUUUGCUGUAUUAAAAUAUGAAAAAUAUGACCAAAUGAUUUUUUUAUACUGUAAUUUUCCCUUCUAUUCAUGUAUAUGCAUGGCUGAAUGGAUGGCCCUUAUGUGAAUUAGAUGAUUUAAUGACGUAAUGCCCAUACUUUGUGAGCAGUGCAAACAAUACCCAAACAACCCUCUUGCCAAUUGGAACACAACUUUGGGUUGAAGGAACCAAAAACUGUGUUAUAAUGAGUUUGAUUGAUUUUUAUUCAUUGACUUUAAUGGGGCUGGGACGUCCCUCUUCAAUAGUUUGUCUGUCAGCGUUCCUUGUUGGCACCACAUCAUCUCAGUCACUUACAUACACAUUGGAUGGAAGUCUGUCUUGUAUGACAGGAAUCAAGAAUCCAGUGAAUGUUACUGCUUUGUGUUUUCUUUUGAAGUUUGCCAUUAAUUUUAUAUGCCCGAACUAUUUGGGUUGUUUUCAGGCUAAUAUAUAACAUGGGAAAAUAAAACCUUGUUCCUGGAGCAGAGUAACUGCAACCAGGGAUGUGAUGCCACUAUAUGAAGGCAGCAUUGUGCAGUAAAAUACAUCCUUCUCCUAUUUUCAUGACAGCUUUUUGAAAUUCCUGAUCUUUCAACAUUCAUAUUGAUAAGUAAGCCAUUGGGCAUGGCACACAAGGGAGAACAAGGAAAGGUGGCUUUUUCCUCAGCAUAGCUUACAGCAGGUCAAGUAUAGCUCUAAGGCAGAGGGCAGCAGCCUACAGACUGGAUCCAGCCCGUGGAGCCAUUAAACCAAGCAACAGAGCUGGGGCUUCAGCAGUGGGAGACCUCAGCAGCAUUCAGGAGAGGGGGGGCAGGUGGGGCUUCGCCUGGGGCUUUCAGGGGAGUGGUGGGUGAUAGAGAGCAGUGGCCAGGGCCUAGUGCCAGCCUACCUCACACCCAAACGGCACCUUUCCAGCUUUCUGUUGGAAAACGUUGCUGACCACUGCUCUAAGGUACUCUGACAGUAAUUUACGCGCUAAAACUUCUCCUGCUGAUUUCAGGACAAUGAGGCAUGUCCGCCCUGCCUAUUCCUAUCUCCUAAACAACCAUCACAUGUCUUAUGUAGUCGAAGUGGUCACUAGAAAGCCAACCUUUUUCCACCUUGGGAUUCCCCUUCAUCAGCUUCCACACAGGAGGAGCCUUUGUGGAGCCUUUGUGGAUCCUAUGACCCCAGCUGACUUCCUGCCCUUUGGGCGGGGGGCUGGACUCGAUGAUCUUCCGAGGUCCCUUCCAGCCCUGAUGUCUAUGAAAUCUAUGAAAUCUUAGCUGCUUUAUGAUGUUUAGGAUCUGGCCCAGUCUUCCCAUCUGUGCUUCCAGAAUGAGGUUUCUCUUCCUCCAUAUUUAGUAUCUCUGAAUUAGAGCAGUCAUAGCAGAUGACCUCAAUCACAGCAGAAGCUGUUUCACACUCUCUGCCUCAUAGCAGUCACAUGCCUGCAGUCAAAUGCUCUUACCACAUGUUUGGUUUCUGCUUGCCUAGCUUCAUUGGAACCAACCAACAAGACCCGUGUCUUUAUUUAUAAAACAUUGUGCUACUCUGUUUCAGAAAUAUGUUAAUACCAAAGCUUCAGCCUAGUGCAAGUGCCAUUUCUUUUCCACCUAUGUGCAAUGACAGUGUUCAUUAAAUACUGUGUUACCCCUGCAAAUAAUUAUUGGAGAGACAAAUGGAGCUGAUGAUGACCACUUAUAUGUAUUAAAAUAGGCUAUUUUGCAAAAGCAUCAAGAUCUGCUUGCUAAGGUUAUGUAUGUGAUUUGUCAAAGAUAUUUUUUAUGAAACUGGAUUACCACCAGUUGGCAUUGUUUGUUCCUCUCUGUAAAUGAUAUGGUAUAAUUAAAUCUUCUGAGAAUGAGACAGGAAUCUAACCCUCAUGAAGAAGAGGACAUCAGCUCAGUUCUUGACCACAAACAACAUUUUGGGGCAGUUCAGGGAUGUGCAGACUUCUGGAAUGCUAAGUUUCUGCAAAGCUGUGCUUAUGUAAUUUGGGUUCCUAUUGUUUAUAAGUGUCUGUCAGUGAAAUUCAAAAUGUCCUUUGUGGGUAUUUUUUUUAUUAUUUAUGAUUGAGACUGGCAGCAUAUUUCAAAGCAUAACAAUAUGGAAAUAACCUUAUAUGUAAUGUAAGAGGCAUACGGAUGCCUUAGAUACCUAGCUUAACACUGUAUUUAAUAAGACUAAAAUGUAGCAAGUUGUUUUUGAAUAAUAAAGUCAAACUGCUGGCCAAGUGGUAAACAGAAA